AUGGACCCUCUUCAGUAUACCGACAGAGAGACACAGCUAGCAUCAGAGCGACGUCUCAAAUUCCAGGGCACGGCAAAAGUCAAUCUAGAUGAUAUUUAUUUUCCCCCUCAGACAGGCCGACAGAUGGACCAAAAGAAUGUCGACCGCUUGUGCGACGUCUUUCGAGAAGACGAGUGUCGGAAUUUAACCAUAGAGCAUCGGGUGCCAGCCAUCGUAUCGCGGCAUCAUUUGCAAGCGGCUCAAGAGAAAGCAAAUGUGGCUACAAGUAUGUUGUUAACAAGAGUUGAAUCAGAGAUACCUCACCUCCAGUUCCCCCCCGGCCAGCUCCUUGCGCUGCAUGGUCGACAUCGGAUUGCGGCGGGCCGCGAAGUAUUGCCACCUGGCCACUAUUGGUGGGCAGUGGACCUGUAUUUAGACAAUAUCGGUGAUGACCUAAAAACAAGCCUUAUCGAGGAAUAUUCUAACGAGAAACCGCCAAGCGACGGAGAGAUUUACCGCAAAAUUCGACAGUAUGCAGGCGACGGCAAUCUUCACGGAGAGCUACGAUGGAAAGCGCGACUCUGUCCCAACAGCCGGACCCGUUUUGAAGCACUUAGCAAGAACACCCGCCUGCGACAUGCUUUCGACCGUAUCCUGGGAAUUCCAGGACAUUGGAAUGCCAUGCGUAUCAGCAUGCUCCAUCGGGUGAUAGCGGUUCGAUGUGACGAGGAAAUCGCCCAUUAUUUGAACUUCCUGGCGGACUUUUGGUAUUCUUUGGUUGACCAUGAUCCCGCGUCAGCCGUCAGAAUAGACCAGGAAACUGUCCAGAAACUUCAACUGCUAGCGCCGCGCAUCGAAACACCCUACGUGCAUGGUCUGGUCCUUAGCGGCCAGGUUUUUUCGGAAUUCGAUGAAAACGAGCGUACCGAGAUCUGGGGGAAACUGCGGUCAUUUAACGGUCUGAUCCCCUCUCUAUACUCCUUUUUUGAAGACUUCAAGUGUUUCGAAAGCUGGGCCCACUGUCUGCACCGGCUGUUUCCCGUGAGCAGCUCUACAGUUCGUCUUACUAUGGAGGGCUCGCGGAUACGUCCCAACAGUGGGGAAGAUAUGUGCAUGGUCCAAAAUUCCGAAUCGACCUUUUUAAAUAGAGUUGAGCCGGCAGCGAGGCAUUUCGAUAUCUUCUAUCGGCAAUUGUGGUUAUACGCAGGGCGUCAUUAUCCACAAAUGCCUCGUGAGCCCAAACGCAAGAAUCGGUUGGCCAAGCCGGGGAGUGCCACUGCAGACGCGUGUGUGGUGGCUGAAAUGGCCCGCCUGGCAAGCCGGUUGGGGUUUAAAUCCGACAGAAUCACACAACUCGUUAACCAGUCUUCGGAUCGGCUAAUCGCCGCAGAGGCAUUACGUCGAGCGCGCAAGCCAGAUCAGUACGUGUACGAUGAGUCGAGCUUCAAUUCAUCAGUGGAUCAGAUAGUCGAUUGCUUCGCUACGGCCACGCCGAGGACCAUCGAAACCGCCUCUCCCGUUCUGGCAAGCCCAUCUGUGAGGCCAAAGGCUCGUUGUGGGCAUCCUUCGGUGAAGGCUCUCCUACAGGACCGCCAGUUUCUCUUCUUGGACCAGAUGCACGCACCAGAGGUCCCCGACCGGGUGACUUCGCGGUUUGUGAGGCGCUGUGUUUACCUGGCCUUCUUCGGGCCUCGAACAGACUUCGGACAAGAGCAGCAAAUUUCGCCGCUACCUCCUCCUGAAGUGCCCGGUAGUGGACCCAUUUCACCCAUCUUUAUAGCAGACGAUGGCAUGAUGGACUACACAUUAGGAGAUGGUCAGCAACAAGCACAUGCCCGUUCUGAGGACCAACGGCAAAUGGCCGACCUGCAGGCCGUGGAAAAUUCCUGUCUGCAGCGGCAGGCAGAAGAUUUGGCUUGUCAAGCUAGGGAGGCAGAAAAUACAGCUACCGCACAUGCGGCUCAAUUGGAACAGGCUAGGAAGGAGGCAAGCGAGAGAGCGGCCGAACAGGCUAGACAGGAUGUGGCGAUGCUAGAACUCGCCCGACGUGCGGAAGAGGCAGAAUCCCGGAUGGCUGCACAGGCAGCUGAGCUGGAUUGGCUACGACAAGAGGCCGCGAGGGCCCUGGCAGAUACCAUUAAGGGAACUUCGCAAGUCGACGGGAGGCCGGUGGAGGACGAGAGUGAAAUACCGAACGACGGAGAAGUUACCGAGGAAGACCAUGACAAACAGCCGGAUAACACACUCCAGGCUGAUGCGGAACAGAGAGCCAUUGGCGGGUGGGAGCCAUCACAGUGGGAUACAGACCGAGUGGUUCGUGAGCGAGCAGGUGCUCUAGCUCAAUUACAGAGCCAGAACCAGGAUAGCCGCUCCCAGCCGCGCGCUGAGGCAGAGCCAGUUAGAGCUAUUCGGCCGAUCACUGAAUUUGAUGCAUCGAGUCUGAUGGCGACAUGGCGUGAACCUCAAAAUCAAACGGACAUCAACUCUGAUUCUAUCCCGCCGGCAAUGCCAUUAACAGAGGGACAUAUGGAUACGACACGAACAGGGCCAGGUAGCCCAUCGGAAGGCCACACCCAUCCACAAGCACUAGAAGUAAUAGGCCAUGAAGGACCUGAGACAGAAGCACCAAUCCCACCAUGCGGCGUCGGUGAGCCUGCGAUAAUCCAAAUGCUUCCCGAAGAGAACAUCAUCGCUGGCAACAUCCCUUCAACAGGGGCUGUAAAGCAGAGACAACGUCAGCAAGCCAAACCCGGCAAGAUCCAAAAGACAUCGACGGCAAAGCCGACGGCACGGGAUAGUAACCACGCAACCUUGCGAGCUGAGGCCAUUGAUAUCGAGCUUGAUGAGACCUUGGAAAGUUCUCAAUCUGCCGAAACUACACCCAUCAAUGAAGGGACAGCAAGGACGCGCCAAGUUCGCUUUGAUAUCUCCCACGAGGAGGGGGCAGGCCAUGCAACAGCUUCCGGAGAGGCUCGAUCCCGGCCGGUAACUCAAUGGGGUUUUAGAGAAUUAGCUCGCAACACUUCUGUGAAUGCAAAUGAGGGUCAAGGCACCCCGGAUAAGCUGGAGAAGGAGAUCGACACACGAACUCGUCGAGGAAAGAUCCCAAUAACCUUUUUCCUCUAUGCGCAGAAUCAGUGGAAGGAGGCCAAAGUCUUCGAAAUCGAACCGUCAAAACCAUCGUCGCUGGAGCAUGCGGUGCGGAUAUAUCAGCAACAGGGGAUGUAUGUGUACGACAUGAAAAUGCGAACCAUCAGCGCGCCGGCAAGUUUUCGAGCAGCUACAUGUGACGGAUGCAAUGCAUUGCUAUUGAUUUCACGAAAGACAAGGGAUAAAAUGGAUGAAAGACGACAGAUCCAACCGCCCACUAUUGAACGACGCGAGAGGUAA